GCGAAGAGGAGGAGGUGGUGGAGGAGGAGGUGGAGGAGGAGGAGGCGGCUCAGGGCAAUCGAGAAGCGAGCCGGAGCGCAGGGCGCGAGUCGAGGAGCCCAGCCGAGCCGCCGCCGCCUCCCCGCCUUCAGUGAGAGCCCCGGCCGGGGGCUCGCCACAACGCGCCCGGGCCUGCCUCGGCGUCAGGCCCCGCGGGCAGUGCCAGGCAGCCAGGGGGAGGGCAAGCAAGUGAGCGCCGGGAGGAGGCGGCCGGAGCAAGCGGGCGCCGCGCGUGUGGCGUGAGGGGAAGCCGCUGGCCGCCCCCUUGGCCGUCCCUUCGCUCCCCCUCCCCGCUCCCCGCCCCGACCACGGAGGGCACCAUGUCUGCGCCGACGGCCAAAGCCAGUAAAAAGGAGCUCAACUCCAAUCACGACGGGGCCGACGAGACCUCAGAAAAAGAACAGCAAGAAGCAAUUGAACAUAUUGAUGAAGUACAAAAUGAAAUAGACAGACUUAAUGAACAAGCCAGUGAGGAAAUUUUGAAAGUAGAACAAAAAUAUAACAAACUCCGCCAACCAUUUUUUCAGAAGAGGUCAGAAUUGAUCGCCAAAAUCCCAAAUUUUUGGGUAACAACAUUUGUCAACCAUCCACAAGUGUCUGCACUGCUUGGGGAGGAAGACGAGGAGGCCCUGCACUAUUUGACCAGAGUUGAAGUGACAGAAUUUGAAGACAUUAAAUCAGGUUACAGAAUAGAUUUUUAUUUUGAUGAAAAUCCUUACUUUGAAAAUAAAGUUCUCUCCAAAGAAUUUCAUCUGAAUGAGAGUGGUGACCCAUCUUCAAAGUCCACCGAAAUCAAAUGGAAAUCUGGAAAGGAUUUGACAAAACGCUCAAGUCAAACGCAGAAUAAGGCCAGCAGGAAGAGACAGCAUGAAGAGCCAGAGAGCUUCUUUACCUGGUUUACUGACCACUCUGACGCAGGUGCUGACGAGUUAGGAGAGGUCAUCAAAGAUGAUAUUUGGCCAAAUCCUUUGCAGUACUAUUUGGUUCCCGAUAUGGAUGAUGAAGAAGGAGAGGCAGAGGAUGACGAUGACGACGACGAAGAGGAGGAAGGGUUGGAAGACAUUGAUGAAGAAGGAGACGAGGACGAAGGUGAAGAAGAUGACGAUGAGGAUGAAGGGGAGGAAGGAGAGGUAAGGAAACUCUACCAAGCCCUAGUGAUUUUUUAGAAUAUGUAUGAAACA